GUUUUAAUGUCGGUGGUGUAAGAGUAAUUAGUGAUUUUACCAUCAAAUUUCAACAUUUAAUGCAGUUUAUUGUGUUAAUAAGACUGAAAGGCCCACCGAGAUAAACGACUGCGCAUAGCCCAGGACGCAACCAAAAUAGCCAGCAAUUGUUUUUACGCCGGCACAACGAUUCAAACUGCAGACGAGAGCGCACCAAAACAAAACAAUUACAGUACAGUUUCGCAAAAAUAUUGUACUCUCUAAAUAAAGUUUUUUGCCAUGAAGAAGCACUUGGAGUGAAGUUUUAGUUUGUUUUAAGUGUGUAUAAAAACUAUUAGUUAUAUUUCUGGUACAUGAAAAAGUACUGAAAUAUGCACGGGAUGAUGAAAAUGUUUAGCUCCGUUAAGGAGUUUUAUAACGAAAUAAACGGAGCAACUUUGACAGGUGCUAUAGAUGUCAUAGUUGUGGAACAACAGGAUGGGAGUUACAACUGCUCUCCUUUUCAUGUUCGGUUCGGGAAGUUGGGAGUUUUGAGAAGUAGGGAAAAAGUGGUUGAUAUUGAAAUAAAUGGCGAACCUCAAGACAUCCACAUGAAGUUGGGUGACAGCGGGGAAGCGUUUUUCGUUGAAGAAUUGGACGAUGAAAACGAUAUUCCCGAUCAUUUAGCCACGUCACCGAUACCACUGGAGUUUGAAAGUAUGAUAAAGUCUCAAGGCAGACGUAGAAGUUUCGAUUUAAUAAACGAAAUGCCCAAGUUCGAGAAUGAAGUCAGCGAUUACGCAAAGAGAAGAAAUACUGCGGAUAACGAGAAUCCUAAUACGAGGGGGAGGAGUUUUUUGCAGAGGCAAAUUGGGUUAGGGAAUAUUGAAACUCUGGAGAACUCGGCGGAGGAUAUGACGCUUUCAAUACAUUCGGUUAAAGUUAGUUCUGAGGAUAUAAGCAAGAGUCAGGAUAUAUCGGAAACUAUAUUUAAAAUGGAUAGUUUGGAUAUGGAGCCCAGUAAAGUAGAGGAAGUUCCGAAGAAAGAAGAGACAGUGACUGACUCCAAAAAUAAUAAAAAAAAGAGAAAAAAAAUGCGAAGAAAAAAUGCCGCAAGAAAAUCAAAUAGUGUGCACCAAUUGACAACACCAAAUGUUGAAGUUGCUGAAAAAAUCAGCGAUUCAAACACCGAUAGAAGUUCAUUGGAUAGCAACUCUUCUGAACCUGAAUUACAGAAACUAGAAAAACUAGGCAAAGUUGAAGAAGCAAAUCUAAACUUAACUGAACCAUCAAACAUCAAAAUGAUAGAUGCCGACUUCCACUUUUUCAGCGAUACUGAAAUAACCACAAAUAACGGAAACGAUUCAAGAAGUGGAACACCUGUACAUAUCGAAAGUGUUCAAAGUGAUUCCGAGUUCGAAGUGAAAGUUAGAAAAGAAGACAUAACGGAGAACCCAAAAAGCUGGGAGUGGGGCGGUUUUCCAAGCGUCUCGCAAACGAAAUCGCCCACAAGCGAAACUCCCUCAAAGGAAGAACAAAAAUCCAUGCUGUCGGGAAUGUUCUCCUUCAUGAAACAAAAGCACAGCGUCCAGAGCCAACUGAUAGAGGGCGGCAUGUAUUUGUCAGACAUCAAUCCCGAGGUUGCCGAGCUUUACUUCAAUAAGAGCAAAGAGGAGAAGCAAACUGAUGCCGAAAUGGAUUGUGAAUCAGGGAAUGGACCGUCGCUUGCUCAGAGUCCCAACAGCGCGGAAGGAUGCAAGUCCAUCGAUUCCGAUUUUGACGAGCACAACAAAUCUAUUUUUAGGACGCAAGUUUUCUCUAACGAUAUUUCGCUGUCGCUGUGCGGAUGGGAGCCGGAGCCCUCCAAAGAGAGAUUUUUGGAGAACGUCGUGAAAUUCAGUGAUCUCUGCAAUAAUCCGAUAUUAUUCGAAAGCAAUAGUUUGGUUGUGCGUAUCAAGGAAAAGUAUUUCACGUGGAAAGUCGCGGCCCCUAUUAUUGCCAGCAUAAUGAUCUACGGUAGACCGCUUCUACAAACUUCCGUAGAUCAACUGGUAUCGGUACACAUGCCCUCAAUUCAAGACAAAGAAGGUCAACCAAAACAGGAAGCAAGAUCUUGGUGGUCGUGGAGAAGAUCCAGAACAUCCAGGGAAGCAACUCCAGCUUUAGAAAUACCUGAUAGUAAGACUGUCGAUACCAAAGAAAAAUCGGUUGAGGAGAUUGUUUUAGCCGUACAGGAGGAGCAACCCAUCACUCCAAAAAAUAUACACAUCCCUAUUGAAGAUAUGGAGCAAAAUAUCUCCGGAACCAGCCCGUCUACCGAUAAAUGCAGAAAGACUUUAAGAUUGAGCUCCAAACAAAUUGCCUCCUUAAACUUACGUGAUGGUAUGAACGAAGUAGAAUUCAGCGUAACCACAGCCUAUCAAGGCACAACUAGAUGCCAAUGUCACUUAUACAAAUGGAAAUGGGAUGACAAAAUCGUAAUUUCCGAUAUUGACGGUACAAUCACAAAAUCCGACGUGCUGGGCCAUAUUUUGCCAAUCGUUGGUAAAGAUUGGGCGCAGUCUGGAGUAGCCCAAUUAUUUAACAAAAUCAAAGACAAUGGUUACAAAUUAUUGUAUCUCAGUGCCAGAGCUAUCGGUCAAGCCCGUAUUACAAGAGAAUAUUUAAAGUCUAUUAAGCAAGGGGAGUUGGGAAUGCCCGAUGGCCCCAUUUUGCUUAACCCCACCUCGUUGAUAACCGCUUUUCAUAGAGAGGUUAUUGAGAAGAAACCAGAGCAGUUUAAAAUAUCCUGCAUGAGCGAUAUUAAAGCUCUUUUUCCACAAGAUUCCAAUCCCUUUUAUGCGGGAUACGGCAACAGAAUUAAUGAUGUUUGGGCAUAUACAGCUGUAGGUAUACCAAUUGUAAGAAUUUUCACAAUAAACCCGAAAGGAGAGCUAAAACACGAAUUAACUCAGACUUUCCAGUCAAGUUAUACGGGCCAAUCUCUGGUUGUCAAUGACGUUUUCCCUCCGAUUCCUCAUAAACUUUACGAAUCUGAAUCCGAAUCGGAAUUCAGCGAUGAAAUCGAUUCGGAUUUUUCGGAAAACGAAUUCUCAUCGCACUGAGAUAAUCUAUAGCUAAUUUAAACACAAAUAAAGACAAACUGUGAUAUUUAGUAUUAUUAAGUAUUUUUAAUUCAUUGUUAUAUUGUGCAGUUUUUCUGUUUGUGCCGAUAAUUAGUGAUUUUAUUUUAAUUAAAUAAACAUAUGUGUUUUGUCAUUAAACCAUACACUCACUAUUUAUAUUGUUAUUCAUACAUUUUUUAUCACAACAUGCUUUUGACAUCAUGAGGGCUAAUCCAUAAUCGCAUAACAAAAAAAUAGAUAAAAUACAUAUGUACAAAUGAGUUCAAAGUAUUUAAAUGUUGUUGUCAAUAUUUUGAUUGGGGUAUCUAAUUCAUCGAACCUGCAUCACGAGUAACUGCAGCAUGUUUAAUGAAAUGUUAUUCUAACAUGACCUCUCUGGUCGAUCAGCUGUUUCCAGCGGUGCUGCAAGCUGCGAAUGAUUAUUCACAAUUUAUUUAUUGGAGAGAGCCAAUCAACGCAAUCGAGGAAUUGCCGGAAAUUGCAUAAAAAUUCCUCUCUAUGUAUAAUAUUCUUACUUUCUUACACCACCUACGCAUUUACUCUUACAGUAUUUAAAAACAAUACACUAUUUGAUGCUUUUCAUGUAUUUAAAUAUUUCAAAAGGCCCCUGAUGUUGAAAAAUACGCUUAUAGGCAAAAUAUAUUUUUUGCACCUAAACGGUGCAUAUAGGUAAAGCUGCUUAUGGUGAAAUUUUAUAAUCAUUGUAUAUUAAAUGUUAGUAAAAUUUAAGUAAUAUUUUGCUUAGGUAAAUUAAAAGUCAACAUGGGCUAUUUUAGUUUAUAGCCCAUUUCAUACAAAUACCUAUUUAUUCUUAUAAUUGUUGCUUAUUUCCAUUCCAUGACAUAAAAAUUGAUUUUUAUUUAUUGGAAUUCGUAAUUAACGUAGAAUUUUUAUUAUUUUUGUAACAAGGCUGUUGGUAAUGUGAUAUACAAACCUACCAAUGAAAAUUUAUUCCAAACCAUUUUUUUAGUUUUUAGUUCUGUGUUGUUUUAGUUUUUUGUAGGAAUUUUCAUGUUAAAAUUCUUUAAAAUUUUUGCUCUACAAUUUGUGAUACUCAAUGGGAUUAUUUUUUUAAGUGAAUUGUUUUAUCCUUUUUAUUUAUUAUUAUUAUUAUUCUUGCAAUAAACCAUGUAUG